UUUCAGUUGCAGAACUUUUGCCACAACCGAAACAGCUCCAAGUUAAUUCAAUUUCCACAUAAAAAAAAACUUCUUUUGUAUUAAGAAUAAUUUCAUUAUUAAAUGUGAGAACUUUUGUUUAAAAUAAUUAACUGAACGAAUUAGCUGCUAAACGGCAAAGAAAAUAAACUGGAAAGUGGACCCGUGAUUAUAACGAACGGUGGUGCAUGGAUAGUGUUUUUUUUUCUUCUUUAUGGCCAAUUGAUUCGACAAAUAAUUGAAAAAAAACGAAACGAUAAAAAAGAAUGAAUUUUUAGACUGCAUUGUGUCGUAUUGAUUAUGAAUUUCAUGUUCAUUGAUGAAUCAAUGUUUGGCGGUACUACGAUGAAAGGUCAAGUUUCAAAUACAGUAAGCUUUCGGUGUACAUUAUUCAUGGCUUUGCGGAUUCGUGAUAAAGCUUGAUGAACAUUUAUGUAUGUUAAAAAGUAAAGUGUUCGCCUAUCGAUUCACGGCAAAUUUAUUAUUUAUAUGGAUUCAGCUAAUAGCCAGCACCACACGACAAGAAAGUACACACGUUGCGGAUAAAAAAAAUAUAAAAAUUCGUUCAUCGUGAUCACGAAUAAAAAUAAUAUUUAAAUUAAAAGGAAAGAAAGGGAAAUGUAAAGCGUGCGUUUGUUACGCUUUUGAUAUUGACUAUAAGAACCUUUAAAUACAACAAAUUCGAACGUAACAUAAAAAUAUAUAGCCUUCGGAGCGAACAGUGGCUGGUAUAUAGUGCCAGUGGUGUGACAAAUUCGAUUAUAAAAAGUUAAAUUUUGUUGACAUCGAAAGAAACAUACAACAUCCAGUCAUGUCGUCGUUGAAGUACUUGAUACCUUUUUUGGGUAUCUUUUUAACAUAUGCUGGGUCCGCUGAAUGGCGUACCAAAGAUGGAAUGGAAGAAGAAUGUACUGAUUUUCAAGGAAAUUCCGUGGCCCAUGGCCUGUUAUAUGUGCCUGGUCCGGGAGUAUGUAGCUUAUGUGUGUGUUAUCAUUCCGAGCCACUGUGGUGCAAAGCGAUAUUUUGUGAUCCCCCAUAUUUCUGUAAAAAUUUCCGUGUAGGAGAGCAUUGCUGUGAAUUCGAAUGCUUAGAUCCUCCCGGUGAAGACAACAUGUACCAAUGGAGGCUGAAGAAGAAGGCUGAAAUAUUGGCGGGAGCAGCACCGAUUUGCCAAAAAUCUAUACUGGCGAUGGUAUUAUCGGCAAUAUGCCUAGAGUUUUUACGCAGCUAUCGAUUUCAUGCAAGCUCAUAGCUUUAAAGUAAAUUUUUAACUAAAAAAUCAAUAAAUUCACUUGAAACACUUUGCUUAUAAACAAAAC